AUGCAGGACCUCGCUUCGGAUGUGUUAGACAUAAUAUGUAAAAACAGUGAUGUAGAUGAAGAAAUGAAAAGAAGAGGAAUAAACAUACCUGAAUUGAAAAAGGAACCCUACAAACUUUUGGUUGAAUUGUUCGAACUUCUAAAGAAUCAGGGAAUUACGUUGAAUAUCGCAAAGUUGGAAUCAAUAAAUGACUUUAUUUGUAACCGUUUAAAGAUUAAGGAACAGAUGAUAUCGUCAAGUUUGAACUCUGUGCUAUCAAAAACAAAAGUGCGUUCUCAGGCAGAUAUCUUGUUACUAAUAAAUGAUAUGUUGGUUAACAAAGGAGAUGAUACUGAUAUCCCGAUAAUUUCAUCGGUGCAUGAUUUGUAUAAGCAAGAAAAUAUAAGUCCUGCAGAAGCCUUAUCAUCACUUAAGUACCAACUAUAUAGAGUAGAAGUAAAUAAACAUUUGGAUAAAAAAUUGGUAGAAUUUGCAAAAGAAAAUCCUCCGAAACCACCCCCAAUGUUUGGAUCUGAUGACUCGUUCAAGGAACGGAAAAAACAACUAAUAGAUCUUUUUGGAAAUGAUAGUGAAUAUAUGCUCAAAUUUUCAGAGUCACAAAUCGAAGAAGCGGCUAAAUCUAUGCUAAAAUGCGCGUGGUUUUUAACUUUUUAUAAUGGAGAAAUGACAAUACAGGACUAUCCCUCAUCAGGGAUUGACUUAUUAAAACUAGAUGAGAUGGUUUGUAGCGACAUAUAUUAUAAUAUAAUCGAAGAAAGAAUAAAUUAUGUUAAAGAGAAAAUAAUUCAUCCAAUUAUGGGAUCAAACCAGAAAUUUGAGAAUAUCUCAUGCAUACCAAAAUAUGGAUUUAUGACUAAAUGUAGAUAUGACCAACUACGUUUCCUUUGCAGAGAUAUGGCCAAUUGGGAACUUUCUGAAGCCGAUCGUAGAAACAGAUUGAAGGAUAAGUUUAAAAUAAAUGUUGCCAAUAAUCCUGUAUGUCUACCACAAACAAUCCUACUGAUUGGUGGUGGGAAGCCCUCUCCACGAGAACAUUAUGUUAAUCCAGAAGAUGAUCCCAACUAUUUCCCUCCUGGUGCAUCAGAGGCGUUGAAAAUGAUAAUUAAAAUAGAAAGAGGUGAUGAGGAUCAGUUUUCACCCACUGAUGAAGCAACUGUAAAAAAAUAUAUCGAUAUCGUUAAAAAGGAAUUAGAGCCAUACGAAGAUUUGUCCGCUGAGGAGUUAUCAAAGUUGUUUUUAAAAAAUGUGAAACAGGAAUUUGAAUUUGGUAAACUGGUCCACCAACGCAAAUUACGCAAAAAAGCCCUUGAUAGUCAGAAUAAUAACGAUAUCUCCAAUGAAAUGGAAGAGACUACUGAAAACAUGCACAAAAAUGUUCCACCAAAGGGAUAUUUGGUUAGCCAAAAACAGUUGAUGACCGAUGUAGUAUAUUUUUUAUCUCACUAUGAUCAUUUAAUUUGGCAAUUUGAGCUCUGUUUAGAUACCACUAUCACCGCUAUUGCAAAUAUUAAAAAUGCUAAUGACAGUUUUACAAAUCCUAAAUUACCAAAACUGGUAUUCACUGGACAAAGUUAUCAAGAUUCAUUUUCAAUGCUAAACGAAUAUAUAUCUAAUAAAAAUUCUAAAUCUCACACAUUUAGGAUCUCAUUAAACGAAUCUCUAAGAGAGAAAGAUCUAGAAAAUGCUUCAAAAAAGGAGAUUGAUGAUUUGCCCCUGUUUGGGGACGAUGCACUUUUCAAGGAAUCUGACCGUGAUCUAGUUACAGAAUUAGUCAAGCGUGGAUCUGGCUUAAGAAUUUACACAAAAAUGCCAGGCUAUAAUCCUGACGUUCCACUCACUGAACAUCAAAAACAAACAAGCUUUUACAGAAUCAGCAAGACUCAACCAUUCGUGCAAAUUGUCUGCUCCAACUGCGACUAUACUAUUUUCUCACACCCUCUCAUUUCCCACAAUGAACACACCUUGUAUAAUAAAGAAUAUGAUGAUUUUAAACAAAAUGAGUCAUUUAAAUGUCCAAUGUGCGAAUCGGACAAGGAUAAAUUCAAACAAGUGUGGACAACUGGAGAAAGGGGCUAUACACCUGAGCCAUACAAAACUUUAGUUGAUGAAGAUGACACUUAA